AUGUCUGACACUAGCUACGACUACAUUAUCAUUGGCGGUGGUCUCGCCGGCUCUGCCCUCACCGGUCGCUUGGCCGAGCUGGAGCCAUCACGCUCCAUUCUCCUCCUCGAAGUCGGCCCUGAUGUGGCCGGCCACCCUCUCACGGGCUCGCCUCUGGCUUGUUUUGGCGCCCACGGCUCUCCACUUGACUGGGCGUACACUACUGUACCCCAGGCGCAUCUCGAUGGCCGCCAGUGCUACAAUGCUGCCGGUAAAGCCCUCAGUGGCGGUACUGCCACUAACUACGGCACCUGGACUCGGGGAAAUGCCCUGGACUAUGAUCUGUGGGCGCAGCUGGUCAAUGACGACGCCUGGAGCUACAAGGGCUUACUGCCCUACUUCAAACGCUCUGAGACGCACUGGGACCAAAAUGCGGACCCCGCUGCACACGGCACCUCUGGACCUAUUCACAAUGCCACGGUUGAAUCCAGUAGUCUUGACCGGAAAUACCCCCUACGCGAGCCUGUGCGUGCCGCCUGGUCCAACCUUGGUGUCCAGACCAUCCAAGACGCCAACGCGGGUAAUCCCCAGGGUCUCGCCCCGCUGACGGAGAAUUGGCGGAAUGGCCAGCGUCAGCUCGCCAGUGAAGCUUACGCCAUCAAAAAUAAGUCCAAUGUCACUGUCAAGACUGAAACACUUGUCAAGCGGGUGUUACUUACGGAGCAGGGGACGAAGAAGACUGCAACUGGAGUUGAGCUCGCCGAUGGAACGAAACUCACAGCUUCGCGGGAGGUGAUCAUCUCCGCCGGCGCGUACCGUACGCCCCAGGUUCUAAUGCUAUCGGGCAUCGGUCCUGCCGCGGAACUCUCCAAACAUGGGAUCCCACUUUCAGUGGAUUCCCCGGAAGUCGGCCGCAACUUCCAUGAUCACUUCUCUUUCAACCAGUGGUGGAAGCUCCGGCACCCAGAGCAGGGGCUGUCGGUUGGUACUCCCCUUUGGAACAGCCCCGCGUACGGCAUGGGACUGCCCUGCAACUGGGUCGCGACAGUCCAGGCACCGCGCGAGGAAAUGGCCCGUGCGUUGCAGGCGGACGGCGUCAGCGGGGCUGAAAUCGAUAGCCACCCCUAUCUCAAGCCUGGAUUCUGCCACCUCGAGACGCUAGUCGUGUAUGCCCCUGCGGGUGCAGCCGUCUCUGGCGUUGAGGUCCCCAUGGACGGAACGCAUAUCGCGUCGGCUGUGUUGGGAGUGACCCCUACAUCGCGUGGAACCAUCACCAUUUCGUCGGCAGACCCAGCCGCACCGCCACUGAUUGAUCCCAACUACUAUGCAACCGAGGUGGAUCGUGCGGCGUUGCGAGUCGGUGUUCGACAGGUGACCAAGCUGCUUCGAGAUACCCCUGAGGGACAGAAUAUGAUUGUGGAGGAGGUGCCGCGUCCAGGUCUGUCUCCGUUGCGCGCUGAUUCGAGCGACGAAGAGCUUGAUAAAGCCAUCAAGCUCGGCGGUGCCACUUUCUAUCACCCGGGGGGUCUGCGGCGAUGGGUAAGGUGGUUGACACCCAGCUGCGAGUGA